AUGAGAUCGCCGCUAGUAGAUCGCAACUCUGGCAUUCAUAAUAUUGGAGAAGAGUCAGCGAAGCUUCUGCCUGUACCAUUUGAUUACAAUCGUUCUUCGUCCGAAGGAGAAAUUUGCCAAACUACAGCAAAUUCUGAAUCUUGUAUGGACUGGCCUGUUUCAAAAGCAGAUAUGGCAGGAACACAAAACCUUAAUUCUGCAACCGCUACUGCAAAAAUUGCACUUCCUGCCACUGCCUUCUCUAAUUAUUGUCCAAAGCCUGCGGUAAACCGACAAAAGGAUGCUCCUCGCACCAGUAUUCGAGUAUGCAAACUUCGUUAUUGGCAACGAGAUUACCGAUCCGCUUUCCCAAAUUUUGUGUUUUAUUUGGACAGUAUCGACGAAGAGAUUAAGAGAAGAAUUAUUCAAAAAAUAAGCAGCCUUGGAGCGAAUAUUACAACGACCUUCUCUUUUGAAAUAACCCAUUUCAUAACAACAAGAACAGUCGAACCCGAAAGAUGUCCUCCAUCAGACUUUCUGCAUCUGGCGAAAAAGGCAAAUAUGAAAAUAUGGUCCAUUGAUAAACUUUUAAACAGAAUUCUAUUCACUUUCCUUGACCCCGACAGUCUCGGUAAUACCUCUGCCUCCAGCUUGCAAGCACUUUUAGACGGUGAAAAAGUUUAUGGGGCUUCAGAAAAGAAUUUUUACGUUCCCAGUAAAAAUGUAGAGUAUUUCCAAGAGAACUUUCUAUGUGUAAGAGAUAUCACUCAGUUUUACAAGCCUAUUGUACUUCGAGAAUGGGAAAGACCUGCUCAUAAUACAGAAAUUCUUUGGCCGACUUUAGGAAUGACAGUUCAAGGUAGAUGCCCCUUUAACACUGGACGCAAACGUGAGCUUAAAAUAAGCAAGUAUAAUCAUCCAGCGCAUGAAAUCAGAGAUCAAAUGUUGAAUCAAUCUUACAAGCAAAAGAUGGAAAAUCAUGCUGAGCCAGAUUCUACCAGUGUCAUCGUAAAGCAAGUGAUGGGUGAUAAUACCGCAGCUGAAUCCGGUGCACCCUUCCAGAAACAGAUUUCAACUGAGCAAUUGAAAGCGCCAAAUCCAUUAACAAUGGAAAAGAGGUCAGCAAUGACUCCACUGAAUAUCCUGGAGCCUCGACUUAUGAAUAUGCAGAAUUUGAUGGCUAAUCGAGCAACGCGAACUCCGACUGGUGCUUAUGAGGUAGAUCCCCUAGCGCAUAAGAAGGUUAAGGUGGACGCAAAAGCUGGUUACUGUGAAAACUGUUGCGAGAGAUACAGAGAUUUGGAAAAGCACCUUCAGGGAAGGAGACAUAAAACCUUUUCGGAGAACAACGGUAAUUUUGCAAGCUUGGACAUAUUUUUCAGCCAGGUCCAAAGACCGUUACGUUCAAAGUAA